GAAGUGUGAAUUAGCUAGUUGCAGACAAACAGAUGAUUGAGAUAGAAAAAGAUAGAAAGAGAGGGAAUGCUUCAUGAAGCAGUGAAUUCUUUCAUUUUCAUUAUCUUUGUUUCAAUAAUCUCUACCUGACUGAGUUAAUGGAUGAACAAGAUAACCGAAACCCAUAUGCAACUAACAGCUUCCAUAUCAAUAAAGCACUCAAUGGGAGCAUGUUUGACUUGAACAAGAAAAGAAAGCUACAGGCUGAGCAAUUGGUUUUGCCUAUUUCAAAGCAUAAGUGCUGGGAUCAUCGCAUAAUCUACAGGCCCCCCUCAAUACUGGAAGAAAACCAAGAAGCAGAUGACUUGAUCGCACACGUAACUCAGGAAAAUGCAGAGAGACAAGCCAUAGAGGAUGUAUCAGAUCCUGAAUCAGCAAAGGAUAGCAAUAGUUUUGUUGGUGAUUCUGAAUCUAUCAUGUCUGUACAUGGUGAAGCAAAAUUUGAAACAGAGGUUUCAAAGCAAUGGCCUCCUCUUAAUGGACCUUCCGCUUCAUCUAAUUGCGGCUGCAACAAUUUGAAGGAAACUCAAUGUUCUAUGGACGAUGUUACACCAACAGGAGGCACAGGCAAAGAUGAACUGCCUUUUUUAGCAGGGGAGCAUGAUCUCUACCAUCAUUAUAAUGAAUUACAUCAGAAUCUUGAAGAGGCCACUGAAGAAUUCAGGAACCAUUCUGACUACAUGUGCUCAGAACAUGGUAUUGAGAGCAUUGAGCCAUGUACAGAUAAUGUGCCUGAUGAUAUGCUCUCUGCCAACGAGGCGAAUCCGAAUAUGUUCAUUCUGUCAUCAGGAAGAUGGACGGUUAACCAAGAUGCUCAACCAGGCACUAUAAAACCAACAAUUGAUCAAGAAUUUGAGCAGUACUUUUCAAUGCUUAUGCUGUAGCAGAGAACACUUCCAUGGAAAUCCGAAAUGUAUAAUCUUUCUUAGUACACAUCUGUUGUAUGCGAUACAUUAGACUCGAGUAACCUGAAAUAAAAAAGAAAAAAAGAAAAAAAAGUAGCUUCUUGUUUCUGGUUA